GUCUUUGGGCUCAAAUGAGCUGUUUGCUGCUGUAGGGAAACAUUAGUCCUCUAUCAACCUGCUGGGGGACACCGCAUCGCAACUUUUUUUGGGGGGCUUUACUCUGCACUUUGGAAGCGGCCCCGUGCCGAGGAGAUUUAAUAGAAAGUUCCCCGCAGCAACGCGCCGGUCCUUGUCUUCAUUUCUUCUUUUUUUAUGUUACAUCUGUUUAACCUGCUGUCAUUAUUUUGCCUGUUAACUGGGAGAGUAAAAUGCCUCAGCUGAGCAGCGGCGGCGGGGACGACCUGGGAGCCAAUGAUGAGAUGAUAGCGUUCAAAGACGAAGGGGAGCAAGAGGAGAAAAUACAAGAAAACGCCUUCACGGAGAGAGACCUGGCCGACCUCAAGUCUUCUCUGGUGAACGAGUCGGAAAUAAAUCAAAGUCCGAACGCAGCGGCGGUCAGACGGGGACAGCAGGGCGACCAGAGGGGCUUCCCGGAUAAACACCGGGAGCAUCUCGACGGUGUGUCGAAGCAGCAAGAUGGAGGCAUGUACAAGACGCCGACGUACCCGGGCUACCCGUUCCUGAUGCUGCCUGACCCCUACCUCCCCAACAGCUCCGUGUCGCCAUCUUCCAACAAGGUGUCGGUGGUGCAGCAGUCACACGGGAUGCACCCGCUGACGUCGCUGCUGCCCUACAGCAACGAGCACUUCAGCCCGAGUCCACCACACCUGCCCACAGACAUGAGCCAGAAGACAGGCGUUCACAGGCCCCAGUCCCAGGACCUCUCAGGCUUCUACUCCCUCCCCCCAGGCGGCGUUGGUCAGAUCACUCCCUCCAUGGGCUGGCAGGGCCAGCCGGUCUAUCCUGCCCUGUCCUCCUGUGGAUUCAGGCAGCCCUACACCUCCAACCUCCCCAGCGCCUCCUCCUACUCCAGGUUCUCUCACUCUCUGAUGCUCGGCCCAUCAGGGAUGCACCCGACAGGGAUCCCCCACCCGGCCAUAGUGCCCCCUACAGGCAAACAGGAGCAUGACCAGUAUGACAGGAACAUGUACGCGAAGCCGCUGGUCGAGGCCAAGCGGGAGAAAGAGCCCAAGAAGCCGGUCAUCAAGAAACCCCUGAACGCCUUCAUGCUCUACAUGAAGGAAAUGAGGGCAAAGGUCAUCGCCGAGUGCACGCUAAAGGAGAGCGCCGCCAUCAACCAGAUCCUGGGACGGAGGUGGCAUGCACUGACCCGUGAGGAACAGGCCAAGUACUACGAGUUGGCCAGGAAGGAGAGACAGCUCCACAUGCAGCUCUACCCCAGCUGGUCUGCCAGGGACAACUAUGGCAAGAAGAAGAGAAGAAAAAGAGAGAAGCAGCAGGACUCCAACACAGACCCGGGCUCUCCUAAGAAAUGCCGGGCUCGCUUCGGCCUCAACCAACAAACGGACUGGUGCGGUCCCUGCAGGAGGAAAAAGAAGUGCAUUCGCUACCUUCAAGGAGGAGGCUGCCCCAGCCCAGCUUCUUCAGAUGGAAGUGCUAUAGACUCGCCCCCGUCCCCUCCUCCCACCCGCCACCGUCAGAACCAGCGCCCCCCUUCCCCAGCCUGCUCCCCCUCGCCCACCUCCCCCUCGUCGUGUCUCCCCUUGCCUCCGCCUACCAAGCACACACAAACACACACACCGACACAGGCGCACCAUUCCUUGGAACAGCACGCCACCAAGCAUGCCGGCCUCCACCAGCCUCCCACAGCCCAACACACCCACACACACCUGGAACUUUCCGGCAAGCAGACACGCGGCUCCCCGCCGGCGCCGUCAGCCUCCAAGGCGGCCGGACUUUCUCUCAAAGUGCUGACAGAGACUCAGUGAUGGCACGGCGAUCUGGGUCGCACUGCCCUCAUGCCGCCCAGAGCCAUGAAGAUCACCCUCAUCUUCCUCAUCUGCACUCUUUCUCACAGUCAAUUCUGCCCUGUGGGCCUUUGGUUCAAAUCUAAAGGAGGACAUGGAGGCGACAGCAGGGUGGUGUACCAAAUAGGGAGGCCGUCCUUCAACGGGAAGGCCUGCAUUUAUCCCCUGUGAUGGCAUCCGUCCUGCUGGAAUGUCCACGAGCAAGAUACUGAAUGCAGAACCAGCUUCAGGGCACAAUGGAGUUUUAAUCAGACAAACAUUUCUCAGAGACACAGUUGCUCUUGAGGCAGAAAUGAUGUCACUGGCAGAUUCAAAACUCAGUGGGCGAAGCCAAAGAAUGCUUGUUUUCUGUCGGAGCCAAGUAGCAAACAGACAAUGGAGGAACGCUGGUGAAAAUAUAAGUAAAAUAUCAGCAAUGAGUUUUUUCUUGUUUUUUUUCUCCAUUCAUCACCACUGAAUGGCAUUCAAGCGGGUCAGCUUUUUAGUUAUCUAGGUUAGCUAAAAAGCUGACCUAGAUAGCAGUAGACUAGUAUGGCCAGUUUGAACUUGGAACUUGCCUGUGUUUUUUCCAGUUUCGUAGCAACAGUGCUAGGAUUCAUUCUUAGCUCUUGCCAUUGCCACUGGGCAUCAGUUUAAUGUUACACCGCCAGGAGAUUGAUGAUUCUUUGGCCCCGCCCACUGCUUGUCUCAAUCGAUCAGGUUGUUUCUGCCUCAAAGCUGUUUGGACCCCAAACUCUGAAUUACAGUCCUUGGUGCUUUUGAACUCCAUGUGAACACAGACAAAAGAGAAACAAGUUGUGUAAAGAUAAAGAGUAUCGUGCAAAAAAAUAUCGACACACAGAGCCAUCAGGUCGAAGCAGAUUAAAAAGCUACUUUGACAUUAAAUUAUGAGAAAUCAAUACAAGGACAGUGACAGAAUACACAGGCGGGACAUCAAGUUCCUGCAUAUCCUCUUGUUAAUGAAGGAGACACCACCCCCUUUCCUUCUUUACAAAUCACUCACUGCUGUACACAAGAACAACAUCAGCUCAUCACCACUGACCAACCACUUCUCACCCAGACCAGAGACCAUGAACCACCACAAACCAACCCGCCAGACCGGCCCAGGGAGCAGCACCUCAGCCCCGAACAGAGGGAGAACUUCACUUUUUAGCUGUCAUGUUGAAAACAGACAACAAAAGUCCUGACUGCAGAGAGAUAAUCCUGACCGUUUGUUCAUUUUAUCUACUUCAAACCUGUCUGAUUCCGUUUCCAGCUAUGUUUACAAGUACCUGUGCUACUCGCAUUUACAGCAAUUCAGGAUUGCCAAUAAUGUCUCAGAGAGGAACUUUGAUAGAUGAACCUGAGUGAAUAUUCUCCCAUCAUUUGUUUUUAGGCACUUCCAGGCUGUCAGUCUCCUGUCAGAUAAAAUGUUGUUUUUUGUUUUGUUUUUUUUCCCCCUCAUCACUUUGGUAUUUGUAUGAAUCUGUUUUUGCUGGUGUUAAAAACCCUCCGAGGAAGGAGAGGGAUUUUCUUUCACGGUCUUUCGGCUGUUUUCCUAUGACUGAACAUUCUGCAGCUCUGUAAACUAAACUGAGACCAAAUGGGUACUAUUAUAUUUCAUUGUGUUGUAAAGUUUUAUAAAUGUUGGAAUUCCCUAUCUAUAAUUAAACUUUUAUAUGGUUUAUGUAAAAAAAAAAAAAAAAAGGAAAUGACUAAAAAAAAAAAAGUUGCAGCUGAUACUCUUUUUAGUUUCCACCAUUCCUGAAAGCAAUACAUUCAUUGUUUCUGUUCUCUCAAGAGAAAAAGCAUUUUGUGCAGAAGUUUACAUUACUAUUAUGUCGAUCGUGUUACCGCAGCAGCGCUCAGAUGAUGUCUUGUGUUAAAUUUCUCAACCUGUGCAUGUUCCAACUUUUAAUGUACCAAAACUACAUGUGCAAAAAACAAAAACAAA